AUGCCAAAAACCCGCCCUGCCACGUCCGGGUACGCCCGUCUGGCCCAGGAGGAAGAGGAGCGCGGCUACCUCCACGACGACUCCGAAGAUGACGACCUCGGCGCUGCCUCUUCAACCGUCUCGACCUCCGCCCCUCGCUAUGCUCCUAUUACCUCUCGAGCCCAGAUGCAGGCGUCCGGUCUCGCCACACCCCCCGGCCAUCGGCGCAGACACAGUGGAUUUCAACGCCGAGGGCGUCGAAACUCCGGUGUUGACAUUAAGGCAAUCAACGCGCGUUUUGAGCGCUGGGCAGAAGAGAUUGCCAAUAAGUUUAAGAUCAACCGAGUCAAGGGCAAGACCUACGAGGAAGAGAAGCUGGAGAUCUACCACUCCGUCUUUCAAGCCCCUCCAGGUGUUCGACCCGUCACUACAGAAGAAUUAGAGUCGGAUGAAUUCGAGGGCCAGCAACGGAAAGCACGAGCUGAGUAUGAAGAUAUCGUUGAGAGUGUUCGCCUCGCAAUUGAGCUAGAUGUUCAUCCUCGUAUGAUUGCGCAAGGAAGCUCGGGCAGUUACUUUGCUCGCAACCCUGAAGGCAAGGUCGUGGGCGUCUUCAAACCCAAGGAUGAAGAGCCUUACGCUUCUCGCAACCCUAAAUGGACCAAGUGGAUUCACCGGAAUUUGUUCCCCUGCUUCUUUGGCCGAGCUUGUCUCAUUCCUAACCUUUCCUACGUCUCCGAAGCCGCCGCAUACGUCCUCGAUGCCCGCUUGCGCACCAACAUGGUCCCCUAUACCGACAUCUGUUACCUCUCAUCGAAGUCGUUCUUUUACGAUUUCUGGGAUCGGCGCAAGGCAUGGAAAGGAAAGAAGACACUGCCUCCAAAGGCUGGCAGCUUCCAGGUCUUCCUCAAAGGAUACAAGGAUGCCAACAUUUUCCUCCGCGAGCAUCCUUGGCCAGAUCAGGUCAAUACCGGCUUUCGUGCUGAAGAUGCCCCGAAGCGCAAGAAGCGCCCAUGGAACGAGACCUGCCGUCCAUCGGGCGUCGAGUCCGACGACGAAGACGACAACGCAAACGGCUACAUGCCUUCACCGAACCCGCGCGAUGAGAGCCGCGAGCGCCGAUUCCACUGGACCGAAAAUCUCAUGCAGUCUUUCCGAGAAGAGUUGGAAAAGCUCGUGAUUCUGGACUAUAUCAUGCGCAACACAGACAGAGGCUUGGAUAACUGGAUGGUCAAGAUUGACUGGGGUACUGAGCAAGUAUCUAUUGUGGCAGAUCCUCCGCAACCCACGCAGACCGCACCCAAGCACGACGAUGACGAGCUUCUUCCUCCCAACCGACCGGUCUCCGUGAAUUCGAACGGCACACGCAGCCCCCAUCCUUAUAGACGACAUGAUCCCAUGCAGGCUGUGAGCCGAACGGGUACACCAUUAGCAUCAUCGGAGCAGCAAGCUUCGAUUCAAAUUGGAGCUAUCGACAACAGCCUGUCAUGGCCAUGGAAGCAUCCAGACGCAUGGCGAAGCUUUCCUUUCGGAUGGCUUUUCCUGCCAGUUUCCUUGAUAGGACAGCCUUUCUCGCAAAAAACCCGCGAUCACUUUCUACCAUUGCUUACAUCAACUGCGUGGUGGACUGGCACACAAAUGGCUUUGCGGCAGGUAUUUUCCCAGGAUGCUGACUUUAAAGAAAGCAUGUUCGCCCGGCAAAUCGCUGUUAUGAAGGGUCAGGCCUGGAACGUGGUCGAGACCUUGAAACAGCCUGAUCAUGGCCCACUUGAGUUGACUCGAAGAACUCGAGUUUGCGUCUGGGAUGACUUGGUGGAUGUACCCGUCGCCAUUCCUAUGCAAGCGCCAACCUCGGAGAUGCAAAGACGUCAGACCGCAGAGUACGAUCCGGAUGAAGAAGAAAUGGAUAUUGGUGCAGCCAAUUCAUCCCAGCAAAUUCCAGAGCUUGAACACGAUCUUCUGGGGCUAGGCUCCGACCUUCCCAAUCCGAACCGCUUCGAGCUCUCUCGGGGCCGUGCCGACGAUGACAGCCACAAAGCCGCCGACUCACUCGGUAGUCCCGCGACCUUGAACGAAGCCGACUUCUCUCGACAGACCAACGACGGUGCAUAUGCUAGGUCCCUCGACGGGUGGCCUUCGCAUCCUGUCCGACUUGGUAAUCAGCGCAAACAUGGCGGCUCUCUAUCAUACCGCGUGCCUCAUGUCAAUACCUUUGGCAGUGAUGAUCUUGAAGGUGACCUCGGAUAUGCCGUCGCCGAGGGAAUGGAAGGCAACCAGCGCAAAGUGAUCGUUGAGCGCCUUGAGGCCGUCAAGAGCAAGAACCCUGUUUUCACAUGGUGCUAA